AUGGGUAGUACGCGUGGAAACUCUGGUAACAACGAAGGUUUCACUGAAUUUAGUUUGGAGAAUUCUCACCCCUUCUAUGUUCACCUUUCUGAUAGUCUUGGUAGUCAAUUAGCGAGUAUACCAUUCAAUAGGACUAGUUUUGUUAUUUGGCGUAGCAGUAUAAUGACUUCAUUGUCGGCUAAGAACAAACUAGGGUUAUUGACUGGUAAAGAACCAGCUGCUAAACCUUCACCUGAAUCCCCCUAUUUUCCUUAUUGGGAACGUUGCAAUGAUAUGGUUAAAUCCUGGAUCAUCAAUUCCCUAACUAGAGAAAUUGCCAUAAGUGUAGUGUGUUUUCCCACUGCUAAAGAGGUUUGGGAAGACAUAAAUGAUAGAUAUGGCCCGUCAAAUGGAUCCAAAUAUAUUCAACUUCAAAGAGAAAUUAGUGCUACUACCCAGGGUUCUUCUGAUAUACCUGCUUACUUCACCAAAAUGAGAAGUCUAUGGGAUGAAUUAAACUCAGCCUAUGUUGGUCCCACAUGCACUUGUGGUGCACUAAACAAAUUCAUAGAGGAUCAACAUCUUUAUCAAUAUCUCGAAUGCGAAUAA